AUGGGGAACCAAGAGGAGCCUUCGUCCUCUCAAGAGGCAGAAUCCCAACAAAAUGCAUCACCAUCUGACGAAGCCCCUGAUGAAGGCUAUAGAUGGGUCGUCACGACCUCGGUGGCCAUCGUCAACGGCCACUCUUGGGGCAUCAGCGCAGCCUACUCAGUCUUUUUGGCUCACUACCUGAAAGAAGGCACAUUCCCUGGAGCAACGGCGCUCAUGUACGCGACCGUCGGAUCUCUCAGCAUUGGCGUCAUGAUGCUCAUCUCACCACUCGUCACCAUCUUCGUUCGAGAAAUUGGAACAAGACCGACGAUGCUCAUUGGUGCUGUUCUUCAAGCUCUUAGUCUCGUCUGCGCAAGUCUUUCAACAAAAAUCUGGCAUCUCUUCCUAUCGCAGGGUGUUUUAUUCGGUAUUGGCAUGGGCCUGCUCUUCCUUCCUUCCUACGGCAUCAUCUCGCAAUGGUUCACGAAACGACGCGCCUUGGCAAACGGUAUCGCCAUCGCAGGCGCAGGACUUGGAGGUCUCACGUAUUCGCUCGCGGUCGGGGCAAUGAUACGCACCAUGAGUUUGGAAUGGGCGUACCGAAUUCUCGCCAUUGUCUCUGCUGUGGUAAACAUCGUCUGCUCGCUCCUCAUCAAGACUCGAUAUGGUGCUACGGGGGCACGCCAAUUAGCCUUUGACACUUCGCUCCUCAAGAGAAAGGAGUAUCUCUGGAUCCUAGCCUUUGGUGCAUUUAGCAUGCUCGGAUACUUUGUCCUCAUCUUCACGCUCGCAAACUACGCCAACGUGAUCAGGCUCAACUCUUCCAAGGCUUCUAUGAUUCCCGCCUUCUUCAUGUUGGGCCAGGCCAUCGGACGACCUUGCUUGGGAUGGCUAAGCGAUCGAUACGGUCGUCUCAACAUCACGACCCUCAUGACUUUUAUGACGGGGGUCUUUUCACUCGCAAUCUGGGUCAACGCCAAAACGUUCGGGGUGCUCAUCACCUUCGCUCUCGUCGGAGGACUAUCGGCUGGGAUAUUCUGGGUCAACGCAGCGCCAGUCAUCGUCGAGGUAAUGGGCAUCGAGAAUUUAGCUUCAGGGUUGAGCAUCCUCUGGGUAGCAAUGGUCAUCCCUUCAACAUUCAGCGAGCCGAUUGCGGUGGAGAUUUACUUAGGCACGGGAAGUUACCUUGGAGCGCAGCUGUUUACGGGCUUCAUGUUUGUCGCUGCAUCUCUGUGCAUGUUGGUCGUGCGAGGAGGGCAGAUUAACAGAGGGAGGAGAAAUGACGACGGAACAUUUACAUGCUUUGAGGAAAAUGGCGGCGAAAGGAAGGAAUCUGGGCAGAAGACGGCAUCGUUGCUCAAGUGCUUCACGUGGGAAAAGGUGUAA